AUGGCAUCCAAAGGAAAAACAUCCCAGCAACCCAUGUCCCUCAGCGCGCCGCUUCUGGUGCUCCCCGAGAGCGCAUUUGACAAGCCUCUUCCGGGGAGCUCGACAUUCCACAGCUUGCUGCAAAAUGACCGACCUCUAUUCAGCAGCCACACGUGGACCUCUACCAGCGGCGAUCUCGGACUCCUCAAAGACGCCGACGAGGUUGAAGAUCGGGCCAUCUUUGUGCAGGAAUACAAUCGCUUGGCGAAAAAGCAUGGACUCCGGCCGUUAAUACUCGAUGAUUUCGACCUAAAUAAACCAGUGAGCGUGGUCCAGCUCGGCCUCACCACACAGAUACCUAACAACAAUAGGAUGACAACGAAAAACCAAAGAUCGGAUGGUUUCGUCGCAUGUUCACGUCCGGCUCCCGGCCGCCGUCAGAGUCUAGAGAUCGCGACCCCCUGA